UUCUCACUGAUACGCGGUACGCUUCGGAUUCAAAUUGACAAUUCGCGGCGUCUCAACAGCUGUUCGACCAUUAUAUCAACCUCAAAGCGACGUUUAUUAACUUAUUGCACGUGUUUUCACUUUAUAGUUACUAGAAGAUCAAUUGUAGAAUAUAGAAUAUCAUGGACGAAGAAGCUGGAGUUAGAGCUCCUGUUACCCGGCGCCGAGGAAGAAUAUCUGUGGAAGUAUCUGAUGAGGGGAAACCUUCAUCAGCUCCAGGUACACCAACAAAGAAAAGAGGUGGCCGGAAACCUGCUAAGACAGAACUUGAAUUAAUCAAUGAAAAUGUUGUAGAAGAAAUAAAAACAACAACAAAGAAAACUGCAGUAAAAGAAAUAAAAGAAAUUGAAGAGAAACCUGUGACUCCAUCACGGAGAAGCGCAAGAAUAAAAUCAAAUACUAGUAUUGUGUCUGACACAGUGCAAACUUUUGAUUCACCCAGAGCUAAAAGAGCUGCAAGAAGGACAUCUCAAGCUGGAAGUGAUAACGAGAUACCACUUACGCCCAUUAGGCAAACCAGACGAACUAGACGAGAUUCUACAUCAAGUAUUGAAAAGCAAGAUGCAAUAACAUCAGAUGUAAAGACAUCAACAAAAAUACCCGAACCUAUCUCGGAGGAGCCAGAAAAUACCACUAAAGUUACUAAUGGUGAACUCAGAACUUCAGAUAAUGAAAACUCAAAACAAAGCCCUAUUCGAAGAAGUCCAAGACUUAAGAACAAAAAAUCUUUAUCAAACACACCAGAAAAGGAUGACAAAAACAAUGGUUCAGGUGAUGAUAAGACUGUUAAUACAUCUCAGUCUCAGAAAGAUGAAUCGGAAGAUGCUCAAGUGUCAUCAACUGUUAGUCCUGAGAACACAAAUGAAUCCAAGGAUUCUCCUACCAACACUAUUAAACAGAUACCUGAAACAGAGAAGCUUUCAACCUCCAGUGCAAAUCUAAUCAGAGAUCUAAAUAUGGAUCCACCUAAAAAGAUAAAUGUGAACAAAAGUAUGUCAGAAGCUCAGCAGACUAAUAAAGUAAAACCAAAGAGGCAAAGAACUAAAUCAUGGACAACAAUAACCGCUCCUGUGGUGACAAAAGAUGACUUCUAUAGUGAUAAUGAGAAAACAAGAAAAAAACGUCAAUCUAAAUGUUAUGUUGUUUUAGAUAACGUUAAUAUUUCGGGAUUUGGUGAUUGCAAACUUAAUAAUAGCAACAGUGUCGAUAAACACUCUGAAGAAGUUGAUUUUACGGAAAAAAAUAUCAGCAUGAACAAGUCUAUAGUAAAUGAAAAAACACCGCUUCAUACAUCCAAUAAAUUAGAUUCUAAUAAUGAAGCUGGUCUAGACAGUGGAAUUACGAACCUAUUCAAAAGUGAUCCAAGCAAUAAUAUCCAAACUGUUGUAUUGAUGGAAGAUUCAGACAGUAAUUGUAAACAAACAAACAUUCAUAAGGAAGAUGUGAAUGAAGAUCAAUGUGUCCCAGUUGUAGAUCAUGAUUUAGAAGAGGAUAAAAGGAAUGACGAACCUGAUUAUGCUCUAACUACUACUCCUUUCGAAAGUGCUAAAAAUGAUUCUAUUUUGAAACACACAAAAUCUUUUGAACUUAAACAAUCAAACGCAAAUGAUUCUUGUGAACCAAUGGAUGUGGAUGAAACUUUACCAGAAAUACUAACUAAUAAUUUAUCUAACAAAGAAAUAGAAUUAAAAGAAAAAUCAAUCUCUCAUGAAAAUGCUACAAACGAAAGAUUAAAUAAAUCACAGAGAAAAUCUUCCAUACGUCUUUCAACAUGUGAAAAUUUGGAUAAAAGUGGAAAUGAAAAUAAGAGUACACUAAUACUCUCUCAAUUAAAGGAUUCAAUCACUGAAAACAAGUCGCCACAAAUUUUAUCCAAAUCAGUUAAUACCUCAAAUGUUACAGUAGCAACGGCAGAAAUUAACAAAACUCUAUCCAAGACAUAUUUAACUAGUACACCCCUUCAGAAAAAGAAUAUGGAAAAGCAAGAUGAGCAAAUUUCUAACAUUUUCGAUCACAAUGUUUCUAAGAGUAAAACUAAAGUUACUCCAAAGAAAAACAUGUCAGCUAUAACAAACAGCCAAUCUUCUGAUGAGGAAUCUAGCGCUGACGAGGAAUCUGAAGCCAGUGAAAAGGAGAGUUUGUUAGACAAUGAAGCCGAAGAAGCCAGCGAUAGCUAUUUGUCUGGAGACAGUCGUGAUGAAGAAGAGAAGCAAUAUGAAAAGGAAAACGAGAUAGUGGAAAAGGGAGAAACUUUAACAUCUGAAGAAGAGUUCUCCAAUGACUCGGAUUACGAAAAAGAUUCAUUUCUGGUUUCUUCUAAUGAAGAAGACAAUGAGCUUCUUAGUGGAUCCAGUGAUGAUUUAUCAAUGAGUGAUAAUGAACUGAAAAUGACUUCAAAGUCGAAGAAAAAAUAUAACGAGAGAAAAUCAAAACAGCAAAAACAAGCAUCUAGAGAAAUGUUCCAAUCGCGGCACAAAUUAAGUGACUCUAAUAGAAGCUUAAAAUCAAAACAACAAUCUUCUCAAAGUUCUGAUUCUUCAGAGUCCGAAGAUGAUGUGAUGGGUCCGAGAAAUAAUAAAAGGAACAGGCUAGUUUCAGUUAAUGAAUCAGGUGCUAAAUCGGAUUUGGAAAACACCAUUCAGAUGGAAAACCAACAAAAAAGUAGGAAGUCAUUGGAAAGGAAUGCAUUAACUGAAAAAGAAAUAACUAUUUGCGAAGAGACAUCUAAGGAAAUCAAUGAUCCACUGGCAACUCAAAUAAAAUUAGAACCAAAGACACCAAUAAAAGAUACUAACGUUUCUGUUGGAUUUGUUGAUGCGAAUGAUGUAAAAAAUACACCUCAUCAACAAAAUUCAUCAAAAUCCAAAAACCCAUUGGAAGAUUCAGACGAUGACAGUUCAUCUUUAAGUAGCGGAGACAUUAACAUUACCAAUAAUUACGAUAAUGUUCUUAAAGAAUUAAAAUCUAAAAAUAGAAACGUCUCAUUAAAUGUAGACGAAAAAAGCAAAGCGAAAUCUAAACAAAAUAGAUCCGUUGUAGACCUCAACUCAACACAGAUAAAAGAAUCUAUAAAAACAAAGAAUAAGUCAUCACAAAACAUAAACGUGUCUACAAAUCUGAAUACAAGUAAGAAGGAAAGCGAAAAUAUUGACAAAACAAUUACUUCAGAUGACAUCGCUCAUGCUGAAACAGUGGAAAAAACUAAUGUUGGAAAUCUUUCUCUUAACUUAAAUAAAAAAUCGAAGAAAAAAGAUAAAAAAUCGAUAGUUGAUCAACUAAACCUAACUCAAGUAAAGACAAUAAAAACUGCAGUAAAAACGAAAUCUAAACAAGCAAAGGAAAAAAAUAAAAGUCGUGAUAUAGAUGACUCUUCUGAUUCUAUUGACUUAAAGUUACUUUUCUCUGAAGACAGUGUCAAUAGUAUGGAUUCUAAUAAACAUAAAGAAAGAAAGGCUGAUGACAAAUUAGAAGAAUUUAUACCGUUAAAGAAAUCGGAAGCAAAAACCAAUAUUCGAGCAAAUGAGGAUACAGAUAAUCAAGAGGAAGAAAUGCCGUUUUUCAUUGACACUGUUGGUGACAACUCUAUGAGGGAUGAAAACGAUGAUGUUAAAGGACAGGAAAAUGAUUCAUCGAGUACAUCGGACUCUAAAGACGAUGACCCGCCUCUUGAAAUUUCAUAUAAAAAGCGUAACUCUCUUGUUAAUAGCGAAAAACGAAAAGAUAAUUUCAAUGAACCAUCAGAAGCAGGAAAUAAUUCAAAGAAUUUUAAUGCAUCAAAUACUAUUGGAAGUGAAAAAAAGAAAAAUAAAAGGAAGUCAUUGAAUAAAUCAAAUCUGACAGUAACUCAAUUGACAGAAUCCGGAGAGGCUCUAAAUCGAUCUUUAGUUUCGAAAACACCAGAAACUAAAAAGAAUGUUAGUCUUUUAGAAUCACACAGUGAGUCAAUUUUGGACUCACAACCGAAAGACGCUGAGGAUGCUAUUAAUCAAUCAGUAGUUCCAAAAACACCUAAAAGCGAUAAGAAAAAAAAGAAAAAUAACAGCAUUUCAGAAAUACAAAAUGAGGUCAUUUUAACUGAAUCUAAACUCACAGAUACUGAGAACACAAAUCAAUCGUUGAUUUCAAAAACACCAAAGAGUGACAAAAAGAAAAACAAAAAACUUUCUGAAACUCAACUCACUGAAAUGGACAAAACGGUUAACAAAUCACUAACUGCAAAGACACCUAAAAGUGAAAAGAACAAGAGUAUUUUAUCGGAAUCGCUGCAUAUGUCAAUUUUAACAACAGAGCUUGUAGAUGAUAGUGAUGAGGAAAAAAAUAAAUCAGUAAUUAUAAAAACACCUAAAAGUGCAAAGAAGAAAAUUAAUACAUCACAAUUACUUAAUAAAUCACAUGUCGAUGAAACUAUUGAUACAGCUGAAAUUAUAAAUAAAUCACAGACUCCCAAAGAAAAGAAGAAAAAGAAUAAUUUGUCACAAUCAUUGAAUAGCUCAAUUCUACCCACAAUUGAAAUUAAUGAUACGGAAGAAGAUAUUCCUACAGAAACUACUAGUACUAGUGGUGGAAAGAAAAAGAAACAUUCUAAAUCACUAAACAGUUCAAUGGCAGAUGAAAAUAAAUUAGACCAAUCAAAUAAUAAGAAGAGUCCUAAAAAGAAACAACACAUUGAAACAGGGGAUGAAGAUCAAAAAACGGAAACGGAUAAUAAAGCAAAGAACAAUAGCAUUUCAGAUGAAGGAGAAAAAGACUUUGAAGGAGCGAAAAAGCGUAAAAGGAAGCACUCAGGCACCCCUGCAAUAGAAGUUGCUUUAAUGGGCGAAGCUACCAAUGAAUCUAUUCACAGACAAUCGAAAAAACUGAGAGUCUCACAAAAUUCUGAAGAUGGUGAUAAAACAGCAACUGAUGUUACAGAAGUAUUUGGAUCGAGUCAAAUAUCGCAAAACAUCUCCAUCUCCUCCAAAAAGAAACACAAAAAGAAUACAGAAGCAGAAGGAAGUAAGUCACAAAACAAAAAUGAAAAGAACUUGCCAUCGGAAAUACGUUUUGCAGGACAAAACGAGAAUAAAGAAAAUGGAAACGAAAAUAUACAUGAUGUGGGAAGAGAUAGCCAAGUUUCUGUUCAAGUGAACACCAAAACAAAAACAAGCAAAAGUAAAAAACGCAAACACAGGGAAGAUGAUGAUGGAAGACACAAAGAUGCUAAGGUCCUCAAAGAGAACUCGUUAGAUCAGAUUCACAUUCCUCGACUACCGCCUUCGGUCUUGAAUGAAUUGGUCGACAAACCAAAAAUUAAAGCUCCGGUAAAAAAACAAAAGGCAAUAUCCACUACAGAAUUUCAAGUAGAAACUGCGAAAACGAGAAGGAACAAGCCAUCAAACUAUUUAGAAGAAAGCAUUUAUAUAAAAGAUGGUGUCGAUAAUGGAGCCUCUAAAAAACAGAAGAAAGUGAUCAAGAAACCUCAAGUACUGCCUUUUGUUCCAACAGCCACGAUUUCAAACAGUGGCUUCACGACAAAUUUUAAAGUUAAUGUUGUACCCCAAGAUAUCAAGUUUGUAGCGCAAUCUACUAAUGUCAGUAAUUUUAAAAAUGAUUACUUAUAUCGCAACAAAAAUAAAUUAGUUUCCCAGUCGGCGUUCAAAAAGUAUAGGAAUAUUAAAAUGUCCAAAUUUUGAACGUUAAAAUGUAAUUGUUGCUUAGUAAAACGAAGACUGUAAAGAUUUUGUUAUUUGCUUGUCUGUUUUAAAAUGAUAUUUUUAGCAAUGAAAACUAUGGCCUUAAUUGAUAUUUUGAGUGAUGCUCAGUGCCUACUAGUAGCCACAAAAAUAAUAUAAAAUGAAUGUUAACCUUUUUAUAUUUAUACUAUCUAUG